AUGCCACCAGAGCUCCACCAUUAUCGCUCAGUUCUUGAUAUUCAUCAGAGAGUUCACAUGAAAGAGAAGUAUAAUAAGUGUAAUGAUUGUGAUCAGGAUGUCAGUUGGAGCUCACACCUACAAACUCAUCAGAAAUUUCAUACUGUAGAGAAACCACAGAGAUGUGAGGAAUGUGGGAAAGGCUUCAAUCAUAAACCAGCUCUUAAUGUUCAUGGCAAAGGCCACACAGAAGAGAAAGUGAGUGAAUUAUUAAAUGCAGAAGAGAAGCUGGCUGUGAAGGCUGAUGAAUCCAAGAUUGUCAGAUGUAUCUACUCACUUGUUCCUUAUAUCAACAUUAUUAUCUUUUUACAGAUGACGAAAAAGCUAAAGGUCACAGAAGGUAGCAUCGGGAUCUUUGUCCUCCAAGUAGUUCUGGGGAAUGUAUUUCGGAACCUUGUUCGGCAGUCAUUUGGCCACAGAAGGGAAGCAGUGACAUUCAAGGAUGUAGCUGUGGUCUUCACUGAAGAGGAGCUGGGGCUGCUGGACUCUGCCCAAAGGAAGCUAUACCAAGAUGUGAUGAUUGAGAAUUUCAGGAACCUGGUGUCACUGGGAGACAAGAACCCAAGGCAGAUGGAGACUGUUCCACAAACAGGACCACACGAGGAGCUUUCAACCUCGCAUAUUUGGCAACAAAUUUCAAGUGACUUAGCCAGGUGUCAAGAUUCCAUGAUACAUAGGUCUCAGUUCUACAAACAAGGUGAUUCACCCUCUCCAGUUGCACGAGAACUGUCUAUUAUUCACACAGGAGAAAAAAUUCACUACUGUAAUGAUAGUACAGUAACCUCCAGUGAUAUGUCCAGCUUUGAUCUUCAUGAGAGUUCAUGCUUAGGAGAGAAGUCUCCCAUGUGUAUUGAGUGUGGAAAAAGUUUCCAUUAUAUCUCAGGUCUUCGUAAUCAUCAGCGAGUUCACAUGGGAAAGAAUUGCUAUAAGUGUGAUGAGCAUGGUAAGGAAUUCAGUCAGAGGUCAUAUUUGCAAGGUAAUCUGAAUGUCCAAAGUGGAGAGAAAUCACACAAAUAUGAGGGAUGUAGGCAAUGCUUCAGGCAUAGAGUAACAGUUAAUGUUCAUUGCAAAGUCCAUACAGCAGCAAAACCUUAUGUUUGUGAGGAAUGUGGGAGGGCUUUUAUGUAUCCUUCACAUUUUCUGAAACAUCAGAGAAUUCACACUGGGGAGAGACCAUUCCAAUGUGAUACAUGUGGUAAGAAAUUUAGUCAUAGAGCAGCACUUAAUACUCAUUACACGGUCCAUUCAGGAGAGAAACCUUUCAAAUGUGAGCAGUGUGGGAAAGGGUUUGCUCGUAACGCAUAUCUUUAUAUCCAUCAGAGGGUACACAUGACAGAAAAACCUUAUAAGUGUGAGGAAUGUGGUAAGAACUUUAUUCAGCCUUUGCAAUUUCAGGCCCAUCAGAGAGUCCAUACUGGAGAGAGACCAUAUGUAUGUAACGUUUGUGGAAAAGGCUUCAUUUACAGGUCAAAUUUGUAUUCCCAUCAGGGAGUCCACACUGGAGAGAAGCCAUACAAAUGUGAGACAUGUGGGAAGAGUUUCAGGAUGAAAAGUCAUUAUCAAGUUCAUCUGGUAGUCCACACAGGAGAAAAACCCUAUAAAUGUGAUGUAUGUGGGAAGGGCUUCAGUCAGAGUUCAUAUUUUAAGAUCCAUCAGAAAACCCACAGUGUAGAGAAACCUUUUAAGUGUGAAGAGUGUGGGCAAGUCUUUAGUCAGAGGUCACGCCUUCAAGUUCACCACUUGAUCCAUACUGGUGAGAAACCAUACAAAUGUGAAGAGUGUGGGAAAGGCUUCAUUCGCAGAGCAGAUCUUAAAAUUCAUUUUAGAAUCCAUACAGGAGAGAAACCCUAUAGUUGUGAAGACUGUGGGAGGGAUUUCAGUCAGGCAUCACAUCUCCUGACCCAUCAGAGGAUCCACAGUGGAGAAAAACCAUUCAAAUGUGAAGAGUGUGGGAAGAACUUCAGUCGCAGUUCACAUCUUGAAGCCCAUCAAAAAGUGCAUAAUGGAGAAAAGCCACACAAAUGUGAACAGUGUGGGAAAGGCUUUGCUCGUACCUCGUAUCUUUAUAUCCAUCAGAGGGUUCACACAGGAGAAAAACCUUAUAAAUGUGAGGAAUGUGGCAAAACCUUUAUUCAGCCUUUGCAAUUUCAGGCCCAUCGGAGAGUGCACACCGGAGAGAGACCAUACGUAUGUAAAGUGUGUGGAAAAGGCUUCAUUUACAGGUCAAAUUUGCAUUCCCAUAAGGGAGUCCACACUGGAGUAAAACCAUACAAAUGUGAGGAGUGUGGGAAAUCUUUCAGGAUGAAAAUUCAGUAUCAGGUUCAUCUGGUAAUCCAUACAGGAGAAAAACCUUAUAAGUGUAAUGUGUGUGGGAAGGAUUUUCGUCGGAGUUCUUACCUUAAAACCCACCAGAAGUCCCACAAUGUAGAGAAACCUUAUAAGUGUGAGGAGUGUGGGCAAGGCUUCAAUCGGACUUCAAGACUUCAAGUUCACCAGGUGAUCCAUACUGGUGAGAAACCAUACAAAUGUGGUGAGUGUGGGAAAGGCUUCAGUCGUAGAGCAAAUCUUCAAAUUCAUUGUAGAAUCCACACAGGAGAGAAACCCUAUAGUUGUGAGAAGUGUGGGAAUACCUUCAGGGAUGCUUCACAACUUCUGAUCCAUCAGAGAAUCCACAGUGGACAAAAACCAUUUGAAUGUGAACAGUGUGGGAAAGGCUUCAGUCGUAGAGCAGAUCUUAAAAUUCAUUGUAGAAUCCACACAGGAGAGAAACCCUAUAAUUGUGAGGUGUGUGGGAAGGGCUUCAGUCAAGCAUCACAUGUUCUGACCCAUCAGAGAAUUCACAGUGGAGAAAAACCAUUCAAAUGUAGCAUGUGGAAAGACAUUUUGUCAGAAAUCACAACUUCAUUGUCACCAGAGAGUACACUCUAG